CCUGAACUGGGUUUCAGAAGGCACAUGGGUGUCAAGAAUGGAAAUGGCAUUCGGUUUUGUAGCCGUCUUGGGAAGUUGCGGCUAACUGGGGUUUGCUGUCUUGGGAUCCUCCAUGGCUGUCCUUACUGGCCUCUUGGGCCCCUUGGCCCAUGUCAGCAGAGCAUUCAGCCAGCGCUACUUCAGUACCUCUGGGAACCUUGGUGCGAUCCAGAAGAUGACUCGGGUGCGCGUGGUGGACAAUAGCGCCCUGGGGACCACCCCGUACCAUCGGCCUCCUCGGUGCAUCCACGUCUAUAACAAAAAUGGGGUGGGCAAGGUGGGCGACCAGAUCCUGCUGGCCAUCAGGGGCCAGAAGAAGAAAGCACUCAUUGUGGGGCAUCGUAUGCCUGGCCCCACAAUGACCCCCAAGUUUGACUCCAACAAUGUGGUCCUCAUUGAGGACAACGGGAACCCUGUGGGGACUCGAAUUAAAAUUCCCAUCCCAAGCAGCCUUCGCAAGAAAGAAGGAGAGUAUUCCAAGGUACUGGCCAUUGCUCAGAACUUUGUGUGAGCAGAGCGGCUCUGAGCGAGCAGCUGUUCCUUUCACACAGUGACAAUGUUUUGGAACAGAAUAAAUGUCUUAAUGUGUUUUCUUCC